GUCACUGUUAUCCAAAUCAGACUUUACGCGGGCAAAACGGACAGAAAAAUGAACGACCGAAUUUUAGACCAAGAAAGCUACGCUCAAAGUGCACCGGCAAAGGCGGCACACGACGAUGGAAUAGAUUUAGAUGAUUUGCUCCCGAAGAUUGGUGAAUUUGGAUUAUACCAGAAGUGCCUACUAUGGCUCGUAUGUUUGCCUGCAUGUCUACCAUGUGGAUUUUGUGCAUUUAAUCAACUGUUUAUGACAGACACUCCAGAUCACUGGUGUCAAGUGCCACAGUUAAGUAAUUUUUCGUUGGAGGAACGUAAAAUGAUGUCGAUCCCAAAAAAGGCAGAAGACAAUUCUACUUACGAAAGUUGUGUUCGAUAUUCCGUAAAUUGGACUGACAUUUUGGAAUUAAACAAGUCAAUACAUAUAAAUGAGAAUUGGCCGUUAGAGCCCUGUCUGGAUGGCUAUGAAUACGAUAGGUCCGAAGUUAUAUCCUCUGUUGUAAUAGAUUUCGAUUUAGUUUGUGACUAUGAUGUUUACCCAACCCUUGGAUUAGUAGCGUUAAAUGUAGGAGGACCUAUAGGAGUAUAUUCGUUUGGCAUUUUAAACGACCGAAUUGGAAGAAAGAAAUCAUUCUUUGCAUGCCUAUCAACACUGUUACUGGGCAGUAUUAUGACUGCAUAUGCACACGAAUAUUGGUUUUGGGUUGUAGCAAGAAUUAUUGUCGGACUAACAAUUCCCGCUGUUUAUCAAAUACCUUUUAUAAUUUCUCUAGAGCUAGCAGGACCUAACUACAGAUCAUUUGUAACAGUAAUGACCUGCAUAUUUUAUACGCUUGGAUUAAUAUUAUUAUCCGGCGUGACGUACGUACUUCGUGAUUGGCGAUCUCUGGCUUUAGCCACAUCCGUUCCAUUCUUUUUCUACUAUCUUUAUUGGUUUGUUCUACCGGAAUCGCCUAGAUGGCUACUAAUGAAAGAAAGACUGGAGGAGGCUAAUAACAUUUUAAAAACGAUAGCUAGAGUAAACGGCAAACAUUUACCUGAAGAAUUCACAACUAAGCUCCAAAAACAGGUUCUAGAGCAAAAGGAACACGGCGUGAAAGAAACGAAAAAUGCAAACGCAUUUUCGUUAUGCAAGACUCCUAAUAUGCGACUUAAGACGAUUUUGAUAACAUUAAACUGGUGCGCGUCUGAAAUGGUGUACGUCGGCCUUAGCUAUUACGGACCAGCUAUUGGUAGCAAUCAAUAUAUGAGUUUUUUCUUGUCGUCAGCAGUGGAAAUUCCUAGUUACAUAGUUUGCUGGAUACUAAUGGACAAGGUUGGCCGGCGCUGGCCUUUGUGCUUAUCAAUGGUUAUAAGUGGAAUUUUUUGCAUGGUGACUGUACUUUUACCAAAUGAUGCUGAAAAUGAAACGCUGAUACUGUAUUUGAUAUCGAAAUGUUUUAUUUCCGCGUCAUUCUUGAUCAUUUACCCGUAUGCUGGAGAAUUAUACCCGACAGAGUUGAGAGGUGUCGGCAUCGGUACUUCGGCGUACAUCGGAGGACUUGGCUUAAUAAUAAUACCUUUUAUAAAUUACUUGGGAACAAACAACUUAGUACUGCCAUUAGUUUUAAUGGGGGCGUUAUCGGUUGUUGGAGGUUUAACAGCACUCCGGUUACCAGAAACUCUUCACACGUCACUACCACAAACCGCUGAAGAGGGCGAGGAAAUUGGCAAGGAUUGGACGUACAAAGAUUGCUGGAGUUGCGGAGGACCCAGACAAGUCGAAUCAGAAGGUGAUUCAUAUGAGAACUUGGAUCAAUUGGAACUGACCCAGGCUCCAACAAUGGAAGAUGAAGUGUCAGAUCUUCGACCAGCGAGACGGAGUUCCAUGAGAAAGUUGGUACGCCAGGCGAGCAUACUUGAAACUCAGCGAGACCACGACGGCAGCCUCAAGAUGACUUAUUGGUUUUAGUGUUCGACGCCUCGUAAUAAUUCUGAUAACUUUUUUAUAUUUUGGAUGGUACCUCAUUGUUUAGAUUGCUACAAUAGAUAUUUAGGCCAGUCUGAAUUUUUUAUGUUGUUCAAUAAGUUUUCUAUAGUUAUACGCAUGAUCUUGAUUAGAGAUAUUAUAAAGUGGACAUAGAUUUUGUAAGUCACAUCUGGUGCAAUAGUUUCUUCCUUAUUUUAGGUUUAAAAUUUGUGUUAUUUAUUCCUGUGGUGAACCUUCAACAAUUUCAGCAUCAUCGAAACAUUAAUCCAAGAAGACAGUCCCAUAAAUUUUAAGUUUUGUACUGGGACUUAUGGGUUUUAUAGAUUGUAACAGAUUUUAUUUUUAGCCAUACUUUACUAUUUAUUUUUAUUACUAGAGAUACUGUUUUUGAAGAAUUAUUUCGACGUUACUAGAAUAGUAUAUAUUUUUAUAAUAACCAUAAAUUAUAGACAAUUCAGCGCCGUUUACUUAGUAGCAGUAGCACCAUUUCAUAGGUUGUCAUUUGGUUCCUAUUUCAAAAUUGUAUUUAAGUUUAAAAUUGUUUAUUUACAUAAUUCAACAUGUGGAGCAAACUUCGUUAAAGAAUUUUUGUUUUAAUGUGUAAUUCUCACGCAAGCAAUAUAGCUUUUAAAACAUAGAUUAUUAUUAGAUAUAAUAUGUAGAAAAGUAACAUAGAUUUUAACUAGCUUUAUAUCGAGUUAAACAUUUUCAGCCAAAAUUGCCGUGUAAAAUUAAUCUUGUGAUUUUUCCACUCACUAAUUACACACUACUUUAAGUUUUAUGGUACCCAAAAAAAGUUAAAACGAACAAUGUCUAGUUAAUGUAGAAUAAUUUCUUACAUAUCGAGCGGCAAUAUCGCUAAUGAACUUAACCUUAAAGCUUGUUAAUACGCCCUUGAACUAAUUGUCUGUAACUAGUUUUUUUUCAUUUGAUAGAUCAAUUACAAGAUACUCAAUUAAACCUACGAUAGAAAUAAAAAUAUGUUCGCUAAUCGCUGCUACAAUUGACCUCGUAACCAAGAUUAAAAAUAAAAUUGAUCAAAAACAACUUGCCUUAGGUAUAUUUAUCGAUCUAAAAAAAGCCUUUGACACCAUCAGUGAUGAAAAAUUAUUACAAAAACUUGAACUCACCGGUGUUACAGGCAAAGCACUUGAAAUUUUUAAAUCAUAUAUGGAGAACCGUAAACAAAUAGGUGAAAUGUAUAAGUAUAAAAAGUAAUUAAUAUAAACCAUCAAUGCCACAUCUAGUAAUAAAUCCAAUCCAAACACCUAUGUUGUCGCUUGGUUGAACGUUUCGGGUUUGUUGUGUCUACCUGCAUUUUUGUUG